AGAAGAACCAGGCGGAAGCGUCGGUAGUUACUCUGUGUUCUUGUGUCUCUACUCAGCUGAACCAGAAAUGAUGUUCAGACAGUUCCUGGCUCUUCAGCAGAUGUCCAGGCGGGCAAUCGGCAGCACCGUCCGCAGGCCGCUCAACAAGGUUCCAGACAAGCAAAAGGUGUUCCAGGAAGACAAUGGGAUGCCAGUUCACUUGAAAGGUGGCUCCAGUGAUGCCCUCCUCUACAGGUUAACAAUGGCACUUACCGUCCUAGGAGCUGGAUAUGUUAUAUUUGAGCUGGUGUCUGCUGCUUUUCCCAAGAAGAAGUAAUCUUCAGAUCUUCAUGUGUAUAUGUUUCAGAUGACAUUUUUCACUUGUAUAUGUCUAAUCAGGGAAUAAAGUCAUGUCAUACUGACAGUUAAUGUGAUUGGGAUCAGUAUUUAUUGAUUGUACUGUACUGAACUGCAGGAAAUAAAAGCAGCCUCACA